AUGACGACUUUUGAAAACAAUAUUCAAGAUCAAACGUCUGAAAGUAAUGUUGUUUCAGAACAAGAAAUUGUUGAAGCAAAACCGAAAUUCACGCCGGAAGAAAUUGAAAAAUUAGUAGAAUUAGCUAAUUCUUAUAAAAUAACAGGAAAUGAUUAUUUCGCAAAGAUGAAAUUUAAUGAAGCUAUUAUACAGUAUGAAAAGGCUUUGGAUACCUGUCCGGAUGAAAAAAAGGAUGAACGAGCUAUUUAUUGGGGAAAUAUCGGAGCAUGCUAUUUUAAAUUGGAAAAAUAUAAGGAUGCCGUAGAUUCAUGUACAAAAGCGCUUGAAGAUUCUCCAACAUAUACGAAAGCUUUAUUACGUAGAGCCCAAUCUAAUGAAAAGCUUAAUACCUUUUCAUCAUUAACAUCUGCGCUUGAAGACUAUAAAACACUACAAUCAACGUCUUCUCAUUUUUCAACCCUAAACUCUCAAACGCGUAAACAAGUGAACACUUCAAUUCAACGUUUACCUCCUCAAAUUUCCAUACUACAAGAAAAAGAAAAAAAUGAAAUGAUUGGUAAAUUAAAAGACGUAGGAGACAAGUUUUUAGGCAUGUUUGGAUUAUCAACCGAUAAUUUUAAAACGGAAAAAGAUCCAAAUAGUGGUAGUUAUAGCGUUCAGUUCGUUAAUAGUCCCGGGGGAAGUAAUGAUCAAAAGAAUGAAGGAAAUGAUGGGUCAGGAUCGUGA